UUUCCUCCUCAGUAAAAGGAGAGACGUUGGACCAGAUGGUCUCAAAGGCCCUUUCACCACUGACUUUGCGGGGUGUGUGUGCGGGGCUCAGCCAGGAUCUGUGCUCUCACCCCGGGCCCCGCCCAUCUUCCCCGCAGGCUCUCCCACCGUCACCCUGGCCCUUCUCUGCUUGGAUGGUGUCUUCCUCUCCUCAGCUGAAAAUGACUUUGUCCACCGGAUUCAGGAGGAGCUGGACUGCUUCUUGCUUCAGAAGCAGCUGUCAAAUCGCCUCCGGUACUUGAUCCAUAGAACAGCAGAGAAUUUUGGUCUCUUGAGCAGCUUCUCUGUUGGGGAGGGCUGGAGGAGGAGGACGGUCGUCUGUCACUUGGACAUCAGGUUGCCCAGUUCAGAUGGCCUGUCUGGCCCCUGCCACCCUCCUGCCUCCCACCCUGGCAAGUACCGUGGUCCUCGCCGCAGCUCAAACCAGGGAACAGCCGCUGGUCCCCGGGGGGCGAGGGCCAGCCGCUGGCAUCGUGGACACAAGCCGGACCAGGUUUUGUAUGUGCCCCGGGUGUUGUGCAGACAAGGAGAAGAGGUGCCAACCCCGGCUCCCGGGUUCAAGGGAGAGGCUGUGGCUGGCGGGGUCCCAGAAGAGUCUGGAGAUGUUGACACUGGAGACCCUAACCCUGAUCAGGGACCCCCUGGAUCGAUGCCUCAGGCAACGGAGGACCUAAAGGGCUGGGGCCAAAGUUGUGAGAAUGAGCCGCUGCGGGACCCAGCAGGCACUGAGUCCCCAGGACCUGAGAGCCACUCAGGGGUGGGACACAGGUUGGACAUGGCCCAGCAGCUUGUGUCCAGCCUGCAGCUGAACUUGGAAGAGGGGAAUGAGAGUCAGCUGAAGAAGGGCACAGCGGCAGAGGAGGAAGAAGAGGAAGAGGUAGAGGAGGCGGAGGAGGUGGAGCGUGGCAGCUGUUCUGAGGACGAUUACAAUGAGCUGCUGCAGGAGAUAACAGACAACCUGACUGAAAAGGAGAUUCAGGUAGAGAAGAUCCAUGUAGACACAUCCUCCUUUGUAGAGGAGCUGCCAGGGGAGAAGGACUUUGCCCACGUGGUGGAGAUCUAUGACUUUGAACCAGCACUCAAGACGCAGGACCUACUGGCGGCAUUUUCUGAGUUCCAGGAGAACGGUUUCAAGAUUCAGUGGGUGGAUGACACUCACGCACUCGGCAUCUUUCCCUGCCUGGAGUCAGCUGCAGAAGCCCUGACUAGAGAUUUCUCAGUGCUCAAGAUCCGGCCCCUCACACAAGGAACCAAGCAGUCAAAGCUCAAAGCCUUGCAGAAGCCAAAGCUCCUGCAUCAGGCGAAGGAGAGACCACAGACAAACACAGCGGUGGCCCGGAGGCUGGUGGCCCGGGCCCUGGGGCUCCAACACCGAAAGAAAGAGCGGUCUGGGGCGGAGAAGCCUCCACAGCCCUGAGGUCCCCGGCAGGCCUGGCUCCCCACCUGAGGCCCUAGGCCUGGUGCCCCAACAAGGAAAACCUGUACAGAUGCCAGAGCUGCCCUGUGCUGGGAGCUUUGCUGUGGGGUGUGGUGGGCUUUAGUUUGGUCUAGUUGGAGAGGUUGAGAAAAAAUAAAACUUGUUAUAAUGUGAUUGCUUCAA